AUGAGUAUUACGGAAGAAUCAUAUCAGUCAGCAUUCCAGUACGGACGCAAACUACCAUCAAUUAUCAGUGCCGCUCGAUUACUCAGACUCCGUUCGGGAUCAUUUGAUGAAGAAGGAAAAGACGAGAGAAAGCCAAACCGAAUAAGUCCAUUUUCACCAGAGGCUCGUGUUCCACUACCAAGUGAAAUCGACGAAAACAGUUAUGGAACUACUGUAUGGAAGAGAAAUGAAAGGGAGCGAUUACGUGUUCGUUGUGUGAACGACGGAUAUGAAAGACUGCGUGACCAUCUACCGCUUACCGAAAGCGAUCGUCGUAUUAGUAAAGUGGAUACAUUACGUUUGGCGAUACGAUACAUACGUCAUCUGGAAGCUCUACUACAAGAUUACGACCACUGGGCCAAAUGUGACUGUUUCCAGACCUUUCAAACCGAAUCCGAAGAACGGGCCGAGCGUCUUCGCAGAAUCGAUCGCAGGAAACGUGCGUUGGAUGAUGCAAUAUCUUCAACUCCAUAA